CUUCACAGAUCCAACAUGGCGGCCUCCGUGCGGGUGUGCAGUGCCCUCCGCAUCACAGUUGGAGGUGCAGCAUCACUCCGUACCGUGGCGGGAAUCGCUCACAUGAGUCGGUGCUCGGCUGGCUCUCUCCAGAGACUCCCUGCAUUUCCACUGAUCCCACCAACAACGUGGCAGCAGACCAGACAUGGCAGCUUCUUCAACAAGUUGACAGCAUCUGAACUGUGGAAAGGUGUGCUGGCUGAGACCGGUGCCGGAGCCAGGAGGGGUCGAGGAAAGCGAACCAAACGUCAACUAAAGAGAGACUUGAAUCGAGGACAAAUGGUUGGAGAAGGUCGCGGUGGUUUUCUGUGGCCUGGUCUGAACGCUCCGGUGCUGAAGGACGGCGCCGUGCAGAGCAUGACCCGAAGAGGCCAGGCUGAGCAACUGGAGGUCCGGGCUGAAUUAGUGCGUCAGAGGGAUGAGUGGGAGAAGAGGAGGAAGAUGAAGCUGAAGAGGGGGAGAGGCUGGACAGGAAACUCCUGGGGGGGCAUCAGCCUCGGCCCCCCUGACCCCGGACCCAACGGAGAAACCUAUAAUGACUUUGAUUCUUGCAUCAUUGAGGUGAAGAGUGUGUUCAACAUGACUGGCAAUGAGGGAAGGAAGAGGUCCAUCAGCUGCUUGGUCGUCGUUGGAAACGGCAAUGGAGCUGCAGGCUUUGCGCUGGGUAAAGCUGCAGACAGGAACACAGCUCUGAGGAAGGCCAAGAACCGAGCCAUCCACUACUUGUACUACAUAGAACGUUACAAGGACCACACCAUUUAUCAUGACAUCAACUCCAAGUUCAAGAGGACGACGCUGCGCAUGAAAAAACAGAAUGAAGGUUAUGGCCUGCACUGCCACCGCGCGGUCAUCUCUAUUUGCAAGCUGAUCGGUAUAAAGAACAUGUACUGCAAAGUGGACGGAUCAGUCAACCUCCUGAACAUCACCCGGGCCCUCUUCAACGGGUUAGGCAAUCAGGAAACUCACCAGAGGCUGGCUGACAAGAAGCAGCUCCACGUGGUGGAGUUUGAGUCCCAUCAGGGCCCGCUGCCCACAGUGGUGGCGAGCCCCAAAGAUGGAGCGCGUCCCAACCCGGAGUCGGAGGAUGAGAUUCCCAACACCAAGCUUCACUGGGCCGACGUACAAGCUGCGCAGGGAAUUAAACGUUCGACUUGGGCCGGUGUCAAGCGCACCAUCUGGUAGAGCAGAUGCACGAACCGGCCGAAGCCUGGAGUCUCAUGCUUUACAAAAACUAAAAGUACAUCUGGAGAAGAGUUUCAUUGUUUUGAAACUGUGUCAAUUUUUUUUUUUAAUGAUGAAUUUGAGUAAUAAUGCUCAUUAUGUUGCUUUUUCAUUUAACUGUCCAGAUCCACUCAAAGUGUGACACAAAGUCCAAUGUUCCCAACGUCAGGAUAUGUUAUAAAAUGAUGUAUAAAAUAAAGUGUCGCUCUUUAGAAAC